AAUGUUUACUAAUACGUAAAUAAAUAUAAUUACAGUCAAAAUUGCGCGUUGGCAAACGUGAAAGUCAAACUGUUGCAACUUUUAUGGAACCGAGGAUAGUAUAUUACUGUGUCUGUACAGUAAUAACGAUGAAGUAAUGGAGCGGCCAUUGAUUGUCAUUGUGAUCACCAUCGGGCCGGGACACGUUGAUACUCCCAAUUUGCCCAACAUUUUCUGUAUGAUCGCGCCACCGGCAUAUCAAAUCCAAUCUAAUCUUCCGAAUCAAAGAUCCUCUCCACCCCCAAAAUCGCCUCUUUGAUCCAUUCAUCUGUAUAUAACAGCUCAUCAUUCCCAAUUCUCUCUCAUUCCCAAGAUUCACACUACAUAAGUACAUAUUCUUUUUGUAUCAAAUCUUCUUCUUGUAUCAUCAAUGGCAUACAGCGAGUGCAAAAGCUUCCACGUUCUUGCCGUCGACGACAGCAUUGUCGACCGGAAACUGAUCGAGAGGAUCUUGAAGGCUUGCUCCGGCGACAAUGUGAAAGUGACGGUGGUGGAUUCCGGGGCCAAGGCUCUGCGGGUUGUGAAUGAAGUGGGGGCGGAUCUGAUCAUCUCCGAUUACAGCAUGCCCGGAAUGACCGGAUACGAUCUGCUGAGGGAGAUCAAGGGCUGCUCUGCUCUGAAGCAUAUCCCCGUCGUCAUUGUGUCGUCGGAGCAUAUUCCUGCCCGGAUCAACACCUGCCUGUCGGAAGGCGCCGAGGAGUACUGUCUUAAGCCCGUCCGGCUGUCGGACGUCAGACCGCAUCUGCAGAACGCCUGUAAAGGAAGAGCGGCUACCGGAUUGAGUUCUACAUCUUGUGGGAUCUGUUGAAUUAACCCGUUUUGAGGAUUCUUGCCGGUGUUAGUUAUUGUGAUCCACAACAAUUUUGCUGUGUCCAUUUCGGAUUUGUGAAGAUAUUUUCAAUUUCAGAAAAUAUGCUGCAUUUAAUUUUUUUAUAUGCGUUAUUUUAUUUUUUCUUAUAGGAUUUAAUUAUAUCCUAAGUAGAGAGCGGGUAUUCGCGUGAAAGAGUGAUCUUAUAUAAUCUUUUUCUUUCAUCUUUUUUUCCUUGGUUUUUAUCCUUUUAUAUAUAUAUAUAAGCAUUAUUUGUA